GCAGCGAGCGGCACCCGCGUCUGCAGCGGUGCCGGGUCCGAGCGCGCGGCUCAGCGGCGGGGGUCGGGGCCGGGGCGGGGACCGGGGACCCGGCAUGGCGCUGCGGAGGGGCAGCGACGGCAGGGCUUGCGGGCUGCUGCUGCUGCUGCUGGGCGCCGCGUGCCUGGUCCCGCCGAGCGCGCAGGUGAGGCGGCUGGCGCGCUGCCCCGCCACUUGCAGCUGUACCAAGGAGUCCAUCAUCUGCGUGGGCUCUUCCUGGGUGCCCAGGGUCGUGCCGGGCGACAUCAGCUCCCUGAGCCUGGUAAAUGGAACAUUCUCAGAAAUCAAGGACCGAAUGUUUUCCCAUCUGCCGUCCUUGCAGCUGCUAUUGCUGAAUUCUAACUCAUUUACAGUCAUCCGGGAUGAUGCUUUUGCUGGACUUUUUCAUCUCGAAUACCUGUUCAUUGAAGGGAACAAAAUAGAAACCAUUUCAAGAAAUGCCUUUCGUGGCCUCCGUGACCUCACUCACCUUUCUUUGGCCAAUAACCACAUAAAAGCUCUCCCAAGGGAUGUCUUCAGUGAUUUAGACUCUCUGAUUGAACUAGAUUUAAGGGGCAACAAAUUCGAAUGUGACUGCAAAGCUAAGUGGUUGUAUCUGUGGCUGAAGAUGACAAAUUCCACUGUUUCUGAUGUGCUGUGUAUCGGUCCACCAGAAUAUCAGGAAAAGAAACUAAAUGACGUGACCAGCUUCGACUAUGAAUGCACAACGACAGAUUUUGUCGUUCAUCAGACUUUGCCCUACCAGUCGGUCUCAGUGGAUACAUUCAACUCCAAGAAUGACGUGUAUGUGGCCAUCGCCCAGCCCAGCAUGGAGAACUGUAUGGUGCUGGAGUGGGACCACAUCGAAAUGAACUUCCGGAGCUAUGACAAUAUUACAGGUCAGUCCAUCGUGGGCUGUAAGGCCAUCCUCAUCGAUGACCAGGUCUUUGUGGUGGUGGCCCAGCUCUUUGGUGGCUCUCACAUUUACAAGUACGAUGAGAGCUGGACCAAGUUUGUCAAAUUCCAAGACAUCGAAGUCUCUCGCAUUUCCAAGCCCAAUGACAUCGAGUUGUUUCAGAUAGACGACGAGACGUUCUUCGUAAUCGCAGACAGCUCCAAAGCGGGUCUGUCAACAGUGUAUAAGUGGAACAGCAAAGGAUUCUACUCCUACCAGUCUCUGCACGAGUGGUUCCGGGACACGGAUGCCGAAUUUGUGGAUAUCGAUGGGAAAUCGCAUCUGAUCCUGUCUAGCCGCUCCCAGGUCCCCAUCAUCCUCCAGUGGAACAAAAGUUCUAAGAAGUUUGUCCCCCACAGUGACAUUCCCAACAUGGAGGACGUGCUUGCGGUGAAGAGUUUCAGAAUGCAGAAUGCCCUCUACCUGUCCCUCACCCGCUUCAUCGGGGACUCCAGGGUCAUGAGGUGGAACAGUAAGCAGUUUGUGGAGAUCCAGGCUCUUCCAUCCCGGGGGGCCAUGACCUUGCAACCCUUUUCUUUUAAAGAGAAUCACUACCUGGCCCUGGGGAGUGACUACACGUUCUCCCAGAUAUACCAGUGGGAUAAAGAGAAGCAGCUGUUCAAAAAAUUUAAGGAGAUUUAUGUGCAGGCGCCUCGUUCCUUCACAGCAGUCUCCACUGACAGGAGAGAUUUCUUCUUUGCGUCCAGUUUCAAAGGGAAAACAAAGAUUUUUGAACACAUAGUUGUUGACUUAAGUUUGUGAAGGUGUGAUUGGUGAAUUGAAAAGACACGUGGCCCUAACUCUGAUAAGAGAGGACCAAGGAAAAAAAAAUUAAAAAGAAGCCAGGUGCAGAGCUUUGAAAUUAAAAAUGCACUGGAGAAAUAGUUAGAAGUUUUCAAACUUUUAGAAGUCACAUUUUAAUCAGGGAUUGCAUUUACUGGCUACCUGCAUGACAUGUCCAUUCUCCCAUUUAAAAAGAUGUCUUGAAGCUUGUAAUUUCUGAGAAAAGGGUACAGUAUUAACUCUUACCAUCUAGCAAAGUAAUGUGUUUUUUUUUUUUUUUUUUUUUAAUGAUGAAGGAGAAAAAUCAGAUAAGAUGGAACAGCUCUUAUAAUGAUUUUUUUAAAAAAAGACCAAACAAACUAUGGGACCUUCUCAUCCCAUUUUAGCGAUCUUUUUGGUAAGAACUCUGAAAGCCAAAGUCAGCUGAAAAGAUUUGCUGAUGAUAAGUUUAAAAAUCUGAUAACACUCAGCAGUGCUAUUUUGAGCCAUCCCAAUUUCCUGAAUCCCACCCCCCCCUUCCUAGCAGAACCUUGGCUAUUUCAUUGGCUCAUACGGAUGCUUGUCAUGGGUGUGUCAACAAAAUAAUGUUUGACAAAUUGCUUCCUCUGCUACAAAGAGAGAACAUUCUGCUGACCCAUGUCUAGGCCUAGCAUGGGCUGCAGGCCCAGGAGUGAGACAAAGGAGUUUUCCUCUCUUCUUGUGGUUCAGAGCUGUCCCCCCUGGUGGCAGGAGCAACAAUGCUUGUUUGAUGUGCUUCACGACUCACUGCUUCUCUGAACCCAUCCUUUGAGUGUGUGGGUAACCAGCAGACAGGCCAAAGACUGAAUGGUGCUUUUCAUCCCACCCGUUAGAGAAAUAGAACAGGUAUUUCCCUCUGAUGAGGAUUGAAGUAAGAUUUUGUGAAGUCAAAGAGGACUUUACACAAGUCUCCGUGUACUUUGAAACCUAGAGAUGGCCCUUUGAUUGAUGCAUGUUUUUGCCCUCUGGGCAACUUAAUAUUUCAAGGAAUUGAAUACCAACCUCCCUACCUGCCCACCUGCCUACCUCCCUACUCAUGUAACAGUCCUGCUUUGUUGAUUUGCUAAUAUUGCUGCUGCCAGCACAGCCCUUCCGAAGGUGCUGUGGCACCAAAUUGUAAACUGAUGAAAUUCAGGACAGCACGCUCCUUCCUUCCCCAGUCCUUGGCAAAGGAAACCCACACGCUUACAUGGGGCCACAUGCUGCCAGGGGGCUCAUCCUGUACAAGCUGGGGACAGGGGUCCCAGGCUGAUCAGUAGGGACCAGAUUUGGAGCCAGACACUCUGAAUCCCACAGACCAGGUCUGCACUUGGAUAACCGAGUGGCCUGUUUCAAAGUGGGCCUCUUUGGUGUGGACCAUCAGGAAGUUUGUGGGGCGACCGGUUUUGUGGAAAUUUCCAGGGGGAUGUUCUGCCUGGUUAGCUGGUUCUCUUAAAAAAAUGAGAAGUGAAUGCUUUUAGAAGUGGCUCUCAAAGAGUGACCCAACAACUUCUAGCAGCGAAAGCACCCACGGUGUUGUUAUUUUUAAUGAUUGCUUGCCAAGCCAUGAGUAGGUAGAUGUUUUGCCACAAACUUGAAUGUGUUUGUUGUUCCUAGACUUUAAGCAACGCAGAUCGAGGCAAUAAAUAGCACUUAGAGAGCAAUGCAUCGAUGUCACAACGGCACUCUUGGGGACAUUGUGGGACGGCAGGCUGAGGGCUUCCAGCCCAGGAUACCAGGGAUUUUAACGGACACAGUCAUCCACACGUAGUCGUGUUCAUUGUUGCUUGAAACUUUCCUACUAAGCACCUAGCAAAUAGGAGAAAAGUGGUUUGUUUUCAUUUUUUAUAGCCCACAUUACUCUUCUGCAUUCUUUUGCCUUCCUGGUUUGUUUGAAUUGACUCAGAUCCCCACACUGGAAGCUGAAAGUGGGACAGCCCUGCUAUUCCUCCAGCUGUCAAGAUGGACAAACUGUUCUCUCUAGUACAUGGAAACCCUCAGACAAGGCUGGGUGGAAAAACAGGCACUUGGCAAACAGCGUAGAUGGUCAGACAGUCCCAACAGUUGUGCCAGGUGGAAAAGAGCUUCCUGAUGCAGACGUUUGUGGAGAAGGCAAUGGGGGCAUCUUCACCGUGCUGAGUCGACAGAAUGGUGCACGACCGUCCAGCCUCGCCUGUGAGGGGGAAGGUGGGGCUCACGGUGUGUACUCGCCAUGCUGGUGCCCAUUGCCCAGACUCUGGAAACCAGGAAGCAUAGGGUGCCAGGUUGGGCGUGGGGACUGGGUGAGUCCAGAUGAGACAGGUGAAAGGAAGAGCUAAAGCAUACGAUGGGGGUGGGGGUGGGGGGACAGUGGGUGAGAGGGUCGGUAACCCACUCGGCUGCAAUCAGGAUUUCUUUUCUUUUGCUUUUCAAAAAAACUUGAGACAAGAUCCGAGUCUGCAAUCUGCAGAGUUCCUGCACUGGGGGAGGAGAUAUUUGUUCUGGCCGACUCACUUGAGGAGUGUGGAUGUUUUUGGCAAGAGGCGAUGGAAGCUUUGCUUCAUUAAUCUUACUGCUGCCUCCCAAGAGUCCCUCACGUUUUAAACAGUUUCUGCAAGAAGCUUUCUUCCAAUAAGAAUGUCAGACAAAAAACAACAACAAAAAUCCAAAGCAGAGACAUGGGGGCCCACCCCUGUGGAGAUUGCUUUGGGUGGGGGGACGCUGUGCUUGUUUCUUUCUUCCCAUCACCCGUGGGUUGAUCAUCUCAGCUGGUCUUUUUAUAAUCUUGGUGGCAGCUCCCAGACUGAGUCCCUCGACACAGCCGUAGAGCCAAAGCGCACAGUCUUAAAGCGAGGACUUGUCCCCAAACUCCAUGGAAUCACAAAUAGAGAUCUUAUGAAGACUGAAAAUAAGGCUUUGGUGUCAAUGGUGCUGUGAGCUUGGGCGAUGGUUAAUAAGACCCCUUGUAUUUCAACAAAGCUUUAUUUUUCCAGUGUACCUUUGUGUUCAUCUGAUUUGUUCAUAAAUAAUUCUUCAGUGUGUUGGAGGGCAGAUAUUAUUCCAAUUUCAGAGGGACGGACGUAGACACAAAAAGUCAAUUGCCUGCUCAAGAUUAUCCAGUAGUGAGUGGCAAAGCUAGAACUUUCCUUCUGAACAGCAGCAGGCUUUGUAUUUUCUUUCUGUGACACGGCCCUGCCUUCCAAAUGAAGAUUUUUUUAAUCAUGAUUUUGAAUAUAACAGCACCUUGAGAUAAAAUAAAAAAUGCAAGAAAAUAUGCAUAGUCAGAAGGAAAAUAGCGCUGACUAGACACCAUCCAAUCAACCGCUACAUUUAACAAUGAAACACCACCGAACUGCAACCAUGUUUCCCCGAAAAUAAGACCUAGCCGGACAAUCAGCUCUACUGCGUCUUUUGGAGCAAAAAUUAAUAUAAGACCCG